AUGGGCUCCAUCAAGGUCGCCUCCCUCCUCCGCACCUCCACCCGUACAUCUACCCGCUCCCUGUGGAACGGUAUCCCCGCACGCGCCUUCGCCCGCAGCAUAUCGACAAAACACCCUGCAGGCUUUAUACCACCUAGCGAAGAUGAGCUUGUAGAGCUACGAGAGCGGGUGCAGGACUUCACAAGACGUGAGAUCCCUGCUGAGGUUGCGGCCCGAACCGAUGAAGUGAACAAUUUUCCAGCAGAAAUGUGGAAGAAGCUUGGAGAUGCUGGGUUUCUGGGUAUCACGGCUGAUGAAGCUUAUGGUGGGCUGGGAAUGGGUUACCAAGCGCACUGUGUUGUGAUGGAAGAAAUAAGUCGAGCGUCAGGAAGCAUUGGUCUUUCCUACGCCGCUCACUCCCAACUUUGCGUUAAUCAAUUAUCGCUGAAUGGCAACGAAAAACAAAAGGAGCGCUUCCUGCCCGGGCUACUCUCUGGAGACAAGAUUGGUGCUUUGGCCAUGUCAGAGCAUUCGGCUGGCUCUGAUGUAGUCAGUAUGAAGACUACAGCAAAGGAAGUAGAUGGAGGUUGGGUGUUGAACGGGACAAAGAUGUGGAUUACCAAUGGCCCCGAAGCAGAUUAUAUCGUUGUCUAUGCUAAGACCGAGCCUACAAAGGGAUCUAAGGGAAUCACGGCCUUUGUUGUAGAGAAGACGUUCGAGGGUUUCUCGUGUGCCCAGAAGUUGGAUAAGCUGGGCAUGCGCGGCUCCAAUACCGGCGAAUUGGUUUUUGAUAACGUCUUUGUUCCUCGAGAGAAUCUCUUGGGAGAAAUCAACCGGGGUGUGAAGGUGUUGAUGGAGGGUCUUGAUUUAGAGCGACUUGUUCUGAGUGCUGGUCCUCUGGGACUUAUGCAAGCUGCCCUUGAUCUUGUGCUUCCAUACACACAUACCCGCACGCAGUUCGGGACUCCCAUUGCUCAUAACCAAUUGAUCCAGGGUAAGCUUGCGGAUAUGCACACCAAGCUUGCGGCCUCAAGAGCAUAUACCUAUGCCACAGCACGCCAGGUAGAUAAUGGUGCCGCGGCCCCAGAGCCACUGGUCAUCAGAACCCAGGAUUGCGCCGGUGCGAUUCUGUAUGCUGCCGAGCGCGCAACAGAGUGUGCGCUUGAUGCGAUCCAACUAAUGGGUGGAAAUGGAUACAUCAAUGAGAUCUCUGCUGGACGGUUACUACGGGAUGCGAAAUUGUAUGAGAUUGGAGCAGGCACAAGUGAAAUCCGGCGCAUGGUCAUUGGGCGUGCAUUUAACAAAGAGUAUGCUUAG